AUGGGCUGGUUAACUUGGUUUUGGGACUGGCUGUCCUACUUGGGCCUGUCCAACAAAACAGGGAAGCUCCUGUUUCUUGGGUUGGACAACGCCGGCAAAACCACCCUUCUUGGCAAGCUAGCAACGAAUCAAGUUCACGUCCACCGCCCCACGUUCCACCCCAACUCCGAGGACCUGACUCUGGGUGGCAUCAAGCUCAAAACUAUCGACAUGGGUGGGCAUCAACAAGCGCGUCGGCUAUGGAAGGACUACUUCACGAAGGUCGACGGCGUCGUUUUCAUCGUUGACGCGGCGACGCCACAGCGUUUUCCGGAAGCAAAGAGCGAGCUUGAUAUGCUGCUGCAGUCAGAGGAACUUGCCAAGACACCGUUCCUGAUUUUAGGCAACAAGAUCGAUAUGCCCGGCUGCACAUGCUCUGAGGCUCAACUUGUCAUGGAGAUGGGUCUGGGUGGUGCACUCACAGGCAAGUCGACCACAGUGACAGACCCCAACGUACGUCCUCUGGAGGUGUACAUGUGCAGCGUAGUCAAGAAUGUUGGCUACGGUGACGGUUUCCGCUGGCUCUCACGGUAUCUGAAGAGCUCGUAG